UAAAAUGCGCCAGUAUGACAAAUCCGUAAGAUCAUCUUGACGUCACGGCCUCGAUCCGGCUUGAGGCGAGGCCGCGAGAAUUCGCCUUCACGUUGUUGGAACGCAGUCUUCUACUUCCAUCGAGCGACGCAACAACACCAUGGCCAGUGACGGACCAAACCCCUAUACCCAUUUACUAUCUGAAGUCAAGAUAGGGGACAAGACAUACAAGUAUUAUGAUCUCACUGCCCUGAAGGAUACUCGCUAUGAGCGCUUGCCAUUCAGCAUAAGGGUGCUUCUGGAGUCUGCUAUACGUAACUGUGAUAACUUCCAGGUGAAGGAAAAUGAUGUUGAAAGUAUUCUUAAUUGGGAGAAGAAUCAGACUGACCCAAAGGGUGUGGAGGUCCCUUUCCGUCCAUCAAGAGUUAUCCUACAGGAUUUCACAGGUGUUCCAGCUGUUGUGGAUUUUGCAGCCAUGCGUGAUGCAGUGAAGAAGCUUGGUGGAGACCCCGAGAACAUCAACCCUAUCUGUCCUGCUGACCUUGUCAUUGAUCAUUCUGUCCAAGUGGAGUUUUCUAGAACGUUAGUAUUAUAUUUGUGUAUCCUAGUAUUAGAGCUCAGGUGUCCUAUGUUUGUCUUUUGUUUUUUUUGUUUCCCUUCUACUGAAUAUUUUGGUUACUUCUUUUACUCGUUUACAUUAUGUUUGUUAAGCUGCUUUAUAACCAUUGUUUUAUUAUGCUUGUAGGUUAGAGACUUAUAA